AUGAGCUUGUCUGCUCCCUCACCCUCGACGCCCCGUGAGCAGGGGACUUUGCCAGGGCAGUGCCUGAGAAGUCUCGUCCCUUCGGUGCCCCCCAAGGCCCAGGUCUGCAGAGUACCGGGGCAGACGCUGACUGAUGCCUCCUCUGAGUCAGGCCGGAGCCCAGGGUUUCCCCAGCCUCACCUUACGCGCAGAGGCUGGCACGCGGGUCACUCAGGCUGGACCUUGCCCUUUCUCCUCCUCACGCACAGGUACGCCCUCCGCAGGUACGCCGAAACCUCCCCGCGCGCCACGAGCCGCAAGAGACAGGCUGAACACAAAAACACAAAGUUAUUCGGCUCCGCAUCGAGAGACCCUGUCGGACGCAGGAAGGACUUCCCGUCCCGGUUAAGUUUCUCCCGCCGCCAGUGCCGGCGAACCUCCACGGUCCAGGGACGCGGGAGGAGCGGAGCCCCGCGCCCAGCCAGGCCAGGCCCAGGAGUUCGAGGCGCGCCCGCACCCGCGCUCGCACAGGACAAGGGCCACACAGCUAGAACUGUCUCCCACCUCCCAGAAUCCCCGUCUGGGACCCGCGGCGGAAGAAACGACCCUCCCCGAAGAGACCAGAUCACCUCCGCAAGAGGCGGUGCCGGCGCCGGAAGACCUGGCCCGCCCCUGCGAGCCCGGCCGGUCCCACCUGCUCCAUCGGCCUCCGGCGGGGGCGCGAGCACAGCUGGCCGAACCCUGGCACCAGUACAGAUGCCUGGACCGUUCUACAUCCACACCAGCGGGCAAAGACAACCGUUUGGUGCUCUAUACGUUGAAGAUUGCUUUCUUCUGGAUUAUGUCUCGGAUUUUAAGAUUUGA